UCGACCUCCUCGUCCAGCAAUAGCAACAGGCAACCGUCGACGAGCUUAACCCACCUAUAGUUUGAAGUGGGUUCCCGAUUCAAGGUUAGUGAAGCUUGAACGAUAAUGUUGGAUUGUAUAUAUUCUUGUAUGGUAUAACUCAUCGUCCACGCUACAUCUUGAGCACAUAAUUAUUCAUUUCACAUAAUUUGUGAGCAAGCUUUGUACUCCGCCUCGAUUUAGUUGAGUUGUAGUUCAGCCUUCAGUGUUGUUAAGUGCUAUUCGCCUUGAUUAAUAUGAUAUGUGUCUCGUUACAACCAUGGCGUCAAAGGGCAAGGCGAAGGUGACGACCAUCGGGAGUCUAACUGUUGGUUCUAUGGGUGGUCCGUCUGGUGUUGCUAAGCCGGAACGCACUCGGCGUUCUUGGUCGAGGCGCGAGGAAGAUGUUAUGAUAAUGGCUUUGCACGACAUCGUUGCGGGAGGAUGGAAGGCGGACAACGGCUUCCGCCCCGGCCACUCAAAGAUGAUCUACGUCGUGCUGAAACGGGAGAUCCCGAACACUGAGCUGAGGGUGUCGCCCCACAUCAACUCGAAUAUCGCUACUUGGAAAAGAGACUACCACUCUUUGUCAAACAUCCUAAACCGUAGCGGGAUCGGGUUCAACUCCGAUGGUGGGCAUAGAAUUGAGUGCAAUGAUGAUCAAUGGGCUCAGAUUGUUAAGGCUGACAGCCACGCCAAAAAUAUGCGGUACAAAGCUUGGCCCUAUUACGAAGACUGGAAAACGAUCUUUGGAAAAGAUCGCGCAGCGGGUGGCAGGGCAGAGGAGGUAGCCGAGGCUGAUGAAGUCCUCCAUGGCCCAGCAGCCUCCGUGGCCGAUGAGUCCAAGCCGAAUAUGAGUCCUUUCCACCUCGAUGAUUUCUACACUGAGGAACAGAUCAAUGAGGGACUCCAGUAUGAUGGUCAGGGGUAUGCAGCUUCUCUGGACAACGACGUAACAACCACACCAAACCUUGCUGCUCCGAAGAAGGCACUCCGCAAGCGCAAGGUUGAAGAUCUUAUGGAGUUGAUGUUGAAUGCGAUGAACAAGAUGAAUGAGAAUACCAGUGACCGGCUCAACACUCUAUCGAUGCGUAUUGGAUACGACUAUGAUCUCAGCGCAAAGCGAGUGGAAGUUGCAAAAAUGCUAGAUUGCAUCCCAGAAAUCACAAAGAAGCAGAAGUUCAUUGCUUGUGACAUACUGGUCAAAGAACCGGAGCGUCUGGACUUAUUCUCGGGCUUCUCCCUCGUCGACAAAUCGGACUACAUUAUCCACAUCCUCGAGGAGAAGCUUGGUAUGUAGUGUUGGUCGUGUAUCGGCUGGUAAUAUCGUAGGGCUGUGGAAUGUGGACGAAGACAAUUCUGUAUGAUGCAUAAGUAUUAGUUAUCUAGAUGCAUAAGUAUUAGUUAUUUUGGAUCAACAUUCCACUCAUUUUGUGAUUUGCAUCGGCUGGUAAUAUCUUACGGCUGUGGAAUGUGGACAUAUAAAUCCAAAUAUGAUGCAUAAAUAUUAGUUAUCCAGA